AUGUCAACACAGCUGGUGAUCGACGGCAACACUAACACAAGCGAACAAGCCACAACCCAAAAGGUGAUGAAAGUAUCCGCAUAUACUAAAGCAGGUCAUUCUGCUUUAUCCGUUUCAUACCUAAGGGAGCUAGCUGCACAAGACAUCGGGACAUGCUCCACACUUCGCAUAGUUGCAUCUGACCCACAUCCCGCUGGUACCCCCUCAAAAGAUAUUCCACAAAAGCUUGUUGCAGAAUGGCAAAGUCGGAUAAGGUCUGGAAGCCGGGCAAGUACUCUACUUGCUAAUGGAAGUGAAUGGCGAAAAAGCGCCAAUGCAUUCUCCACACAUUUGGAUAGGUUUAUCAAUGCAAUAACACAGGCUCAGAGGGAGGAAAAAGAUCGCCAGCGUUUAGUCAUGAAGCGGAAAUUAGCGAAACUGAGCAUAGGCUACCCGCAGUCAUCACCGCAAAAGGAAAACCAGGCGAAGUGUGUCACAAUCUCCCUUUUCGCAUGCGGAAAGCUGCACAAACCGCCUGAUGUGCCUAGCAAUAUCCUUGCCGGAGAUUUUGAAUGGGGUUGCAGUGCAUGUUGUCACUCUUGUAGGGCAUGGAAGAUGGGAAGAAAAGAGUUACUAGACAUGAGCCACCCUAUAAUCUGGAAGAUCGUUGAAGAAGAAGCUGAUAAUGGGUCAUACGAACUAUAUGAGAGGUCCACAAGCAUUACUGCACGUGGGCCCACCUUGUCAAGCAUCGAAUGUAUCAUCGAGUCGCUCGCUGAGGGCUCAUUCCUGCGGACAACACUUGCGAAUCUAAAACUACUGGCGCAAGCCUGUAGCAGUAUGCAAGCCGCUUCCAGCAACCUGUCUCUUCAGAGUAGGGGCACAGAAGAGGCAGCCAGUAGCUACAACAGUGAUGGAAAAAGUACAGCGAACUCGUCACAGGACUUUGCAGUACUGCAGCAAAGUAGCGCAUCCAGCAGAAGCGAUACUAGCCACCGAGAAGGAACCAGCAGUCAGAAAAGCAGUACAGAGGAAACCAGCAAUACCGAAACGAGUAGCAGCGACGAGACAGACUCUAGCGAAGAAUAUGUCAGCAGAACGGCAUCCCAGACCUCCUCAGAAACGAUAGUGACGUCAAUCAGGAAGUCUUCAAACCCGUCAACUUUGCAUGCCCAGUCUUUUGAGAGCCGGUCUAGUAGUGGUUCCUACAGUGCUCCCCCUAAGUUGAUUGCAGGCUCCAAGCCUAUGGCAAAAAAUUGCUCGCUGCUUGAUCGCCUUACAUCUGGAGAGCGUGUGGCCGAAAGCACGAGCGAAUCCGGCGAAGAGGUCAGCAUGAGCAAUAACCGGGCUAUUAGAGAGAGCAUGAGCGGAACUAGUGCUAGCAAGAGCAGCGGGAGUAGCAGCAGCAGUAGCAGCCGGACGAGCGAAGGCACGAGAGGUCAAAGUAGACGCGAAGACAUUCGCAGUCGUGGCAAUCAUAACAUGGUGACUACGCUCAACAAUGGGCUCACGCCCAUACAAGGAAGCUUUUCUCAGCAUCAUUCCAGCAGACAAUCGUCCAGCGGCACCACAAGCAGCUUCUCUGCUACCAACUCAUCAAAUGACUGCAGUAGCUCAUCGUCAUCAGCAAGCUGCUCUCCAGUAGAUCAGGCUUCUGUUCAGCUGGAAACCCAGCAGAAUCGAAUACGCCACUCAAACAGCAACUCCUCAGAAAGUGCAGAGAGUUGCUCCAUUAGUAGCUCAUCAGGCAUUCCUAAUGGGGGUACAAACAGUCGUAGCACACUGUGA